UUAGGCUGUAUCAUUUACCGGAAGAGUCAUGAAGAUCUAGCAGCCAUUCUUUGCUGCAACACCCGUAAUAACCGUAUGACCGUAAUACGACCGUACUGUAAACCGUACCGUCGAGCAUCCCAGGAAAGACCAUUACGAUACGGUUACGGGUCAUGCGUACCCGUUAUACGGGUACGGUGGACAUCCCUAAAAAUUUCACGCUAUGAUGGAACAAACUCCGAAAUUUGACAGCUGUGCUGAAAUCUCACCGGUAUGUAAGGCUCCGCUCGGACUUGGCACUGAUGAUUAUUUUUGCAGCAACCAUUGAACGUGUCCAGUGACUGCACUGUUAUAAUGACAGGGCGGUAUGUGAUAUCCUCAAAACCCACUGCCCCGUUUCUCUUGCUUUCCAUCAUGAUGACUCAGGCAGAUAUUCUACCAGAUCUGACUAACGAACACAAAGCUUAUGUGUUUCAAGAACUCGACGCUGAGCUGAACACCGAAAUUCUCUACACACUAUUGCAUGGAAUAUAUACGGGCAUUGUUGCUGUUACAUUGUGGAAUAUAUUCAUCAACAAAUGCUGGAUGAUCCGACGAGCCUUGGUCAUCGUUAUUGUUCUCCUUUAUGGCCUGAACACUAUCAAUGUUGUUGCCUGUUGGUCAUAUACAUACUCCGCAUUUAUCGAAAACGGGCAAAGUUUUUCGACCGUAUACUUGAAGCUUACCAGUGUAAAGGAAGGAAUCAUUUGGGAGGUUGGUAUUAUAUCUUUAUUGAGUACCAUUCUCGCCGACUCAUAUAUUAUUUGGUGCUGCUGGAUGCUUUGGGGACGGCGCCAGUUUAUUGUUCUGCUUCCAAUCCUUUGCCUAAUUUCCGCAACUGGUAAAGUGUCCGAUCUCGUCUACUUUUUUCAUAUAUCAAACUUCUGUGUAGUGUCAAAAAUCUUUGAUGUACAUCAUGUGUACUUCAAUGCAACUGACUCAGUAUUCCUGAUGGUCUACCUAUCUUCCACCCUGGCAACGACAUUAUGGUGCACUAUGUUCAUCAUUUUCCGCAUUUUGACUGUUACCGGGGUUAGACGCGGCUGCGGGGCAGGUGGUCGACUGAGAGCUUAUUACUGUUUUCUUGAAGUGCUAGUGGAAUCUUCCGCUCUCUAUUCAAUAGCUCUGGUCUUAUUCUUGGCUUUCUUCAUUCACAAUGAUUUUGGACAGUAUUAUCUUGAUGUAACAACUGCCAUUAUGAAGGGAGUUGCACCCACGCUCCUUGUUGGCAGAGCAGCGGCAGGACACACACGGCCAACAGAAGAACAUGAUGAAAGAAUCCACCAUGCGGAGUGCAGUCUAUGAAAUGGAUAUUGAAGCCCAGACAGAGCGGUCGGAUAAGCUUGUAAAUCGACAAUAAUAGUCAUGAUGAACAACCGAACAUCGGGGUUCCGACAUCUUGUGGACCAUCU